AUGUCCCCCCCUGCAUCCGUCUCCUCGACUGGUCUGAUUAUCCUCAGUGGUCAAACUACUCGGUCAACAUCCUCAAGUACACCCUGGCACCAGGUCAUAUCCACCUCUGGCAUCGUAGCCGACCACAGCGGACUGGGUGCACUCCAGAAACGUGCUCUUGAAGGCGAGAGGGUGUCUAUCUGCUCUGACAUACUUGGAGAGUCCUCAUCGAGUUCACUAGAUAGGGGUGGCUCCCUGAUCAUGCUGUCAUUCCGUCUGAGGUCGAGUCCGUUGAUGAGUGGGGAGCACUCGCUGUACGCAGCGUGUGCAGAGGUCCUCGGAACAUGCCAGGGCCUUAAAGAUGACCUCGCAGCUCUGCUGGACCCCUCAACUGGCUUUGCUCCAAGAUUGCGGCAUUUGUGUCGCGACAAAAUCGACGAGCUCGAGCGCACAGCGUCGACUGAUGUCUCACAAACUGAGUUGGACGCUCUGUGUGCGCCGUCGAUCACGAGGACCCCGUCGCUGACCUGGGUACAGCGCAUGCAAAAUGGAUCCCGCAUCGCAAUCAUACACGCUUCGCCCCUCCUCUCUGAGCUCGUCGUUGUCCGAGAGUGGCUACAUGAAACAGCAUCCACAGUUCGGCAUCCCGAAGUCACGACUGGAUACUGGAAGUUUACAAAGUAUAACGUGAUGCAGGGAUUGAGGACAGGCGCGGGUGCGAGGGAGGGUCUGGUGAGAGAGAUAGAUCCAGAUGUGGUCAGUCGAGGAGAUGGGAAAACACUCGCUGCUGAUGACACGGCAUUCGAAAAAACACUCACGCAAGCUAUCUAUUCAUUCAUUCGAGCUGGACGGCUAGUCAACACGGUUGAGCUGUGUCGCAGAGCACAUCAGCCAUGGAGAGCUGCUAGUAUUCGAGGAUCGUUGUUGUUCCAAUGGCAAGCAAUGGGGAAUGAACAGUGUGAUGAUGGGUUAGAUGACGAGGACAAUGCAGAGGGAUGGCAGGGAAAUCAACGCCGACGCCUCUGGAAAUCGACCUGCAUACGUGCUGCUUUGAAUCUUAACCUUUCUGAUCCGGAGCGAGUCGUGUAUGCAGCACUCACCCCCAUGCCGCAGACAUUCACUGUCCUCAGGUCGGCAUGUCGCACUUGGGAGGAUCAUCUUUGGGUUCAAAUCAGUGUUCUCUGUGAAGAGAAGCAAAGCUCAGAAAUGUUAAAGCUCAGAGGGUGCUUUUGGGAGGGCGCUUUAGCAGCACUUGAGGAGAUGCCAGUGCCUUUGAAUGGUGCGGACGAGGAGGAGGAGGAGGAGGAGGAGGAGGAGGAAGAGUGGAAGAAGGAAGUUACUUCUGCGCUGGAAACGCUGGGUGGAGUGGUGGUCGAGGACGGACCUCCAGCGGACAACGCCUCUCAUGUAUCUCAACUUGCCAUCAUCCUUAACCGCAUACAACCGUUGCUCAACACCAUUGCAGCUGGUUUGAGAAAUGGCACAUACGACCCAGACUCAUCCGAGUGCGUCCCGCUACUGCAUUUUUGGUGA